AUGAGGAAUUUAUUCUUGGUCCUCGUGAUCCUUGUCUUGCUCUCCUAUGUUCCACCAGUUCGAAGUGGAGUGAAUGCGUACAUAAGAAAACUCUUUGCUACGUGCUGGCGACUGAAAGGCUUUUGCAGGCCAACAUGUAGAAAAAAAGAAGAAUAUCAUAUUUUCUGUGAUACUGCAUAUCUGUGCUGCAUAGACAAAAAGGACUUACCUCCAGUGAUUGAGUCUCAGUGA